GGCGGCGGCGGCGGCGGUGAAGGGGCGGCUGAGCCCCCCCGGGAGUUACGCUGUAGCGACUGCAUCGUGUGGAACCGGCAGCAGACGUGGCUGUGCGUGGUGCCUCUGUUCAUCGGCUUCAUCGGUCUGGGGCUCAGCCUUAUGCUGCUCAAAUGGAUCGUGGUGGGCUCCGUCAAGGAGUACGUGCCCACCGACCUGGUGGACUCCAAGGGGAUGGGCCAGGACCCUUUCUUCCUCUCCAAGCAUCCUGCCACUCCCUCAGCCGGCGGCAGUGGCGCCGCCGCCUCCUCCAGGACGCCCAACCGGAUUAGCACGCGCCUGACCACCAUUACGCGGGCGCCCACUCGCUUCCCGGGCCACCGGGUGCCUAUCCGGGCCAGCCCGCGCUCCACCACGGCCCGGAACACUGGGGCGCCCCCGACGGUCCAGUCCACCACCACGGCCCCCUUCUUCAGUAGCAGCACUCUGGGCUCGCGACCCCCAGCGCCAGGAAGCCCCAGUACCCAGGCGAUGCCCUCCUGGCCCACUGCGGCAUAUGCUACCUCCUCCUACCUUCACGAUUCUACUCCCUCCUGGACUCUGUCUCCCUUUCAGGAUGCUGCCGCCUCCUUUUCCUCCUCCUCCACCGCCACACCAGAAACUAGCACCAGCCCCAAAUUUCAUACAACGACAUAUUCCACCCAGCGAUCUGAGCACUUCAAGCCCUGCCGAGACAAGGACCUUGCCUACUGUCUCAACGAUGGCGAGUGCUUUGUGAUAGAAACCUUGACAGGAUCCCAUAAGCACUGCCGGUGCAAAGAAGGCUACCAGGGAGUCCGUUGUGAUCAGUUUCUGCCAAAAACUGACUCCAUCUUAUCGGAUCCAACAGACCAUUUGGGGAUUGAAUUCAUGGAGAGUGAAGAAGUUUAUCAAAGGCAGGUGCUGUCAAUUUCAUGUAUCAUCUUUGGAAUUGUCAUCGUGGGCAUGUUCUGUGCAGCAUUCUACUUCAAAAGCAAGAAACAAGCUAAACAAAUCCAGGAGCAGCUGAAAGAGUCACAAAAUGGUAAAAACUACAGCCUCAAAGCAUCCAGCAUGAUGACAAAGUCAGAGAGCUUGGUGAAGAGCCAUGUGCAGCUGCAAAAUUAUUCAAAGGCAGAAAGGCAUCCUGUGACUGCGCUGGAGAAAAUGAUGGAGUCAAGUUUUGGUGGUCCCCAGCCAUUCCCUGCGGUCCCUUCUUCUGACAGAGGAAGCCAAUCUGUCAAACACCACAGCCCAGGGCAGAGAAGUGGGAUGCUCCACAGGAAUGCCUUCAGGAGGACACCCCCCUCACCCCGAAGCAGACUGGGUGGAAUUGUGGGACCAGCAUAUGAACAGCUUGAAGAAUCAAGGAUCCCAGACCAGGAUAUGAUGCCCUGCCAAGGGAUAGAGGUCAGGAAGACUAUAUCCCACCUGCCUAUACAGCUGUGGUGUGUUGAAAGAACCCUGGACUUAAAGUAUUCAUCCAAUGGUUUAAAAACCCAACAAAAUGCAUCAAUAAAUAUGCAACUGCCUUCAAGAGAAACAAACCCCUAUUUUAAUAACUUGGAUCAAAAGGACCUGGCUGGAUACUCAUCCACAAGGGCCAGUUCUGUGCCCAUCAUCCCAUCCAUGGGCCUAGAAGAAACCUGCAUGCAAAUGCCAGGAAUUUCUGAGGUCAAUAGCAUCAAAUGGUGCAAAAACUCCUACUCAGCUGACGUUGUCAAUGUGAGUAUUCCCGUCAGCGACUGUUUUAUAGCAGAACAACAGGAAGUGAAAAUAUUGCUAGAAACUGUCCAGGAGCAGAUCCGGAUUCUUACUGAUGCCAGACGGUCAGAAGACUAUGAACUGGCCAGCGUAGAAACUGAGGACAGUGCAAGUGAAAACACAGCCUUUCUCCCCCUGAGUCCCACAGCCAAAUCAGAACGAGAGGCACAAUUUGUCUUAAGAAAUGAAAUACAAAGAGACUCGGCAUUGACCAAGUGACUGGAGAUGUAGGAAUCUGUGCAUUCGAUGCUUUGCUCAACAGGAAAGAGAGGAAAUUAAAUACAAAUUAUUUAUAUGCAUUAAUUUAAGAGCAUCUACUUAGAAGAAACCAAAUAGUCUAUCGCCCUCAUAUCAUAGUGUUUUUUAACAAAAUAUUUUUUUAAAGGGAAAGAAAUGUUUCAGGAGGGAUAAAGCUUACCACCGAAGCUUUUGGGUAGAAUUCUGAAUCCAAUUUUAGUUAGUCCUCACAUUGUCCUUUUAUGCUCUCAGAAGCUGUGGGCAAUUGAGACCCUUGGUCACACAGUGCCCGUGUCUACAUCAAGGAAGCACUGACAGCUGCCUGGUUUUAAAGAGAAGAGCUCUAUCCUGUGGUGGAUGUGCCAGGGAGCAGGUGACCCUUGCCAUUCGGUGUGACAAGCCCAACACCUAAAUUUCUACUCAACCAACUCCCGUAUCACAGGUUAUGUCAUGUCAAGAAACGUAGUUUUUUGUAUUUUAUUUUUGAAGAAUGGCACAAAAACUGCCUAGGGAAGGAAACAGGUGAUGGCAGGGAGUAAUUGGAGCAAUCCUUGCUGUGCUCACUGCUCCCUCUUCCUCUGAAAUUUGAAAGCACAGAACCUCAGAGGGAGGUCCAAAAUUAUUAAAGAAAAAAGAAACUCACCGUGUGUCACUAAAAUGAUGCUAAUAGAAAUGCUUUUCUUGGAGAUUAUUUAGAAGCUCUGAAGGAGCAUUUCUCAGUGUGUGUAUGUGUGUGUGCAUGUGUGAGUGAGUGUGCAAGGGUGUGAACUUGCUCCCUUGAGUACAUAUGCUCUUACGCAUGUGUUCUUUGUGUGUAUGUGUGUGCAUGUGUGCGUUCACUAAGCUUGCUAAAAUUUGUUCUAAAGCAUCAGGGAACCUAAUAUCCAGAUUAAAAGUUUUCCCUCUUGGAUCUGUUCACUUUAAAUCUUUCCAUUUAAUAUAAUGUUCAGUUAGUGAGUUCUUAAAUCAAGGUCACUUGUAUGGUGGAUCCUGGAAACCCUUGACAAUGUCUAGACCAUUUUAUGAUGUGAAUCCUUUUGAAAGGAACAGCUAUCAGUUAAUUGAUGGUAUCAGUAUCACAAAGUGUAUUGAUGGAGGAUGUGUGUUUAUUUCGAAUCCUACCUACCUACAUUAUUUACGUGGGCCAACUAUCAAACCGACAGUUACUAAUUUCUUUCUCAUCAGCCUCAUUGCUAUUUAUUUUAGAGCAAGUGUACUCUGUGUCAACCAAGGCAUUGGCUUCUGUGGUUAAUACAGAAGGAAUAAAUUGUUAAAAUCACAAAGCCCAAACUACUCAGUUCACAAGAAACCCCCCAAAGAACAGGAAAUUGUGUUGUAUGUUCAUUUGGAAUAAAGCAAUAUUUUUACCAUGCUAAGGUGAACUGAAACCUCUCCUGAAGAUUCGUCUGUUUUGUUUUCCCUUACUUUCCUGGGGCAUUCAGAGAAAUUAGUGUUUACGUACCCAGGCUUUUUUCAAUUAUUGGUGGUGUUGAGUUGUUAUGUUUACUCUGUUUUAAAUAAAAAGGCACAGUAUUUGAAAGUACAUAAAAGAUUUCUUUUACUGUAGUUUGGGAAAACCUUGGUGAAUAUUAACUUUGUCAAAGAUUUACACACUACGGAAAAGGAAUUUAACUAUUUCCAAAUCAAGUAAUGAAAUGUACAGUUCUUGUUUCAUGUUAAACUGCUUCUGUUGAAAAUACAUCAUAAAUUACUCUUUGUGAAUAUUUGUUAAUAAUGGAGGUAUUACCUUCUGAGGAAAAGAAAGAAUACUCCUUUUCUUUUACUUAGUACUUGUGUGUAGUAAUGUUUGCAUUCCUUGUGGGAAGUUGCUAUAUGCACAUAGCUGAAUUCCCAUUGGCAUCCCCUUUCCAGUCCUUGCCCGCUCCACUCAUCUCUUGAUCCCCUUCCUUUUUUUGUAUAUGUUUGCAGUAAUAAUGUUUACAUUCUUUGUGUAAAGUAGCUAUGUGUGCAUAACACAUCCCAACUCUUUUUUCUGUGUAUUAUCCCUUCCUUCCCCCACUCCAUCUCUUGA